AUGUCAACCUUUUUUGCCGAGGAAAUGCAAGCUACGGCCGGUGCCGUCGGUUCGGCGGCGACUUGGGGCCCGCAGUUCACGAGUAAACCCAUUUUUGUCAACGACGGCACCCUUUUCGACUACUACCGAUCGGCGAUUACGGUCAUUUUCAUUUUUGUCGUGCUUUGGACGCCACUGUACCUGGCGUACAACAUCGUGCUGAGUGUGUGGAACCAAAUCAAGUAUGGAAACGCCAGCGGUGAUCCGGUGGAAGAGCAGUACGAAUCGAAGGAGUCCGCCGCACUGUCCGCGUCGGAGAAGAUUGCGAUCCGCAGAAGGAACCAACCCGUGUCCACCGCGACGAAAGCGGCGUUCGCGGUCGCCAUCCUGGCGUUGGUUGUGUCCAAGGAACCGCUCGUGUGGCGCGCCUACGGUUCCGCCGCGGCCGGGGAUGUGUACGAAUGGGUCCGAGCACAGUUCUCCCCGUUCAACUUCUAUGUGCACGGCUCCAGUUGCGUGCACUACGGCUGCAUUUGGCUCCUCAGUCUCCCGUGCCUGAUGUGUCCGCUCAUCCCGACCUUGCGGGCAACGAAAAUUCAGGUAUGUGAUUAAAGGAAUUACGUAGUGAUGGAGAUAUAUAAUGAUUUGCAGCAGCAGCAGCCGACGGGUGCGGACCCCAUUCGAGAUUUAUACAUUCUGACUGUUCGUAUAAUCGUAAUCCACAGGAAAACAAGGACCCGGCGAGCCUCAAAGACUGGAUUUACGUUGGUGUUGCCCUCGUUGCAAACGCUGUUUUGAUCCAGACGCCGCUUGCCAUGGGACUGCAUUUUUACGUGGAGUUUUUUCAGCUUGGCGUCACGUGGGACACGGUGUUUACGCUGGAGCAGGCGUUCCCGAGGUUACUGCUCUGUAUGAUGAUCGAAGACGUUUUUCACUACUGGGGGCACUACUUCUUUCACACUCGCAUGUAUUGGUACAAAACCGUGCACAAGUGGCACCAUUCCUACCCGAACCCAUUCGGACUGGAGGCGGAGUUUGCCCAUCCGAUUGAGACGAUGGUAUGAUUUUCUACAAGAGCCUGCAUGAUGGCUAUUUGUUGUACUUUCGCGCAAUUUGUUAUGCUUACCCCUGAUAUACUCGAAUUCGUCACGAUGAACUAUAUAGAGGUUCGACAUUAUCGGACGAAAAGGAGUAAAAUUGGAAUUGCUUCCAUGUUUUGCACAUGAACUUCUAGGUCCUCGGCACGGGUUUUUUCGUCGCGCUCCACGUGAACAUUCUGCACUACCUGUACAUCCUGCUCUGGAUGUGGGUCCGUGUGUGCACAACCACCGAUGUGCACAUGGGCUAUUCCGCGCCCGUUUUCCCGUGGCGGUACAUCGUGCCCUACUGGACUGGCGUGGAGCACCACGACUUCCACCAUCGGUUCUUCACCGCGAACUACGCGCCGAGUUUCGAGUGGUGGGACCGCUGGAUGGGCACCGACGAGCCGUAUGAGAAGUUUCGCGUCCGGGAGAAGCUGGCGCAGGCCAACAACCGGCUGGAGAAACAGGAAUUGCGGAAGUACGGCAAGUACGUACCGUGGCUGCUGCGGGAAGCGAGCUCGAAGAAAUUCGCGCCGGAAGAAGCCGACAAGGCGAAGCUGCCGGCGUCGCAGGACCUGUACGCGAAGAACUUUGCGGGCGCGGGACGAAUGGCUCCGCCCAAAUCCUGCGCAAUCACGGGCGGCGCGGGACUAGUCGGGAAAGUGUUAGUCGAAACUUUGGUGGAAAGAGGCUGCAAGAAGAUCGUCCUCGUCGACCUCGCGGACGAGCCUGCGUGGGUGAAGGAUUUACAGUCCGUCGAGUACAAAAAAGUCGACAUCGCGGCAGCGAAAACAGCAGUGGCGGAGCUCGCGGCCGCGUUUGCCAACGUCGAGUGCGUGUUGCACCUGGCGGCUCUAGUCGGUCCGUAUUUUGAGCACGAACAGUACACCCGGGUCAACAUCGACGGGGCAAGGCACGUGCUGCAAGCGUGCGAGCAAGCCAAUGUGAAGGCGCUAGUCGACGUGAGUUCCCCUAGUACGAGAUUCGAUGGCUUCGACAUGGAAGGACUGGAUGAAGAAGACAUGGACAUGAUUCAGAGAGAAAUGAAAACCUCAACGCAUGAGUACGCAAGGACAAAAGCCGUCGGGGAAAAAAUCAUUCUGAAGGCGCACGGUAAGAACGACGCUUUUCUUGCAUAAUUUUCUUGGUUUAUGGCUGCGGACGACGCAUGCGCGUGUCAAGUAGACCCCAAGAAAGGAGGUAUAAACUAAUAAACCAGCGAGCUGCAAAAACUACAAUAUAUCAGGCACUUCAUCCGUGAAAACCUGCGCUGUGGCUCCACACCAAGUCUAUGGUGAGCAGGACAAAUUGUUCCUGCCGAACAUGCUGGGCUCCAUGCACCGGCUGCGCCAGUUCGGUAAUGAGCCACUGGUAAUGAGCUUCACCCACACGACCAACAUCGCACACGGCACUUUGCUGGCUGCGCGGGCACUGCUGAACGACCAGGAAGGUAUUUAGUGUAGUGCCUAUUUUUCGCAUGUCUCUUUCGCAUCGCGGAUUCAGCUCGCAAUGAAUGCAUUGCAUGAGAUGCAGCUGCGACACAAGGUUGUACGGCUUUGCGGCGCACCAUUUCUACUAGAAAAUUCUAAACCCCCGCAGGUGUCGGCGGCGAGUUUUUCGUGAUCACCGAUGGUAUCGUCAGCAGUUUCUGGAACCGGAUGGACGACGCGCGGAAGGUUGCGUUCCCGGAUUGGAGCGACUCUAAAUCGCUGUUCCGCAAGCUGUACGUGCCAAAAAACUUCAUGCUGCUGCUCUCCCACGUUUGGUCUCGAUUGCAGUUCGCGCUCGUCUACCUCUUUUGCGGCUUCAAUCGCGGCAAGGCGAUCCGGGCGGCGAAGUUGACACCCUUCGCGGUCAACAUGCUGUGCAUCCAUCGCUACCUGGACGCGUCCAAGGCGAAGCACCGUCUCGGCUAUUUGCCGCUCGAGGACGGCACGGAGGCGUGGGGAAAGUCUGUUGAUGCGGUCGCGAAGCGCAUGAAGCUGUAGAUUUUUGAAAGCGCCGCGGUUGGUGCGAGUAAGAAAGCGACGGCAAAGGAGAAGGUGCGCAGCAGCAGGUCAACAAGUGCUGUUUAGAAGAACAACAGGUUUUGAUGACGAAAUGGAUCCUAUCGUGUCCAGAAUUCUGGUCCUGUCGCACGUCUGAACGUUGCAGAUCGCAAACGCACGUGUGAAGAUAGUGACGCACUAGGGACGAGCAGCAAAGCAUGCGUGUGCAGAGCAGCGUCACUGUGCUCAAGCAGUAGCUCUUUUCAUCCGGGAAUAAAGGAAGUGACUUCAUCGAGAGCAUGCGAAGCAGGGGAAUAGUCAAAUCGGGGAACAAAGAACAACCAUAAAUACGACUGAGUACUUGAUCGAAUCCGGGAAUCGGCAACAUCGCCUGUACAGAAUGUGUGUCAAAAAUUUCUUCUUCCUUUGAAACAACACGCCUACCGGCCGGGUUUGUUUCUCUUGAUAACAGCUACUUACAUGUAGUCGCUGAGACGCUAGUGAACUGAGGAGAUCGCUGGAGAGCGGCCCGACGUAGAAGUAGUCGCGUCUUCUCAAGCUCUGGCGUGCAUAGAAAGAACCACGGCGGGAGAAAAAAACAGUCGACGCCAUCUUCGUGCCGCCAGGAACAAUCUAAAUCCAUUGCUGGAAGAACGAAAUUGCAGCCACGAAUGGAUCUGCAUCUCGCUGCGUUUUGUCCGCGACCGAAGAUAUGUAUCCGCGGGGAGUGGCAGAAGAAAGUUCGCCUGUAGUUCGUGGAAAUUGCAUUUCCGCCGAACGCAUUGGCUUUUCAAAAUCUUCCACACGGAGCACGAGCCUGCGGCUAUUCGUUAUCACUAGCCACAUCAGGUAGAGCAAUGAGUUCUUUCUGACAUCACUGAACGCUGGAGCACCUACUUCCAAGAGCCAACACGCAAAUUUUAAGGGCGGAACUUCCUCUAUCAAUGGCGACAAAAAGGAACAAAAACCUCACAACCUCACAUGAAUUUUCAAUUUCUGUUUUUCCACCGGUGAGCGCGAGCGCUAGGCCGAGACUGCUGAACUGUCUUGAAACUACGUGAAAUCGAUGAGGGUCUGCACUCGAACGCAAUGAGCGGCUGUCGUUCUACACAGCGUAGCAAUCCGCUUCGGUUGUAUACUGUGUACUGCAUGUUGAUGGAAUCGUGAUUGAAAUCAAUU